AAAACAAAUGUUCAACAUUCAACAAAAGUAUAUGUUUAAUAUUCCUUUCUGUUGCAGAUCAUGCUGCUCUCGCCGGCGGCCGAGCGGAGUCAGGACAGCUUGCUGUCGGUACUGUGGGAGAUUCUGGAGGAUCAGUCGCAUCGUGAGCUGUCUGGUCUUGAGUUAGGAUCCGGCACGGGCCAGCAUGUGGUGCACUUCGCUCAAGAAAUGCCCUUUGUCACAUGGCAGCCGUCAGACAUCAAGGAGGAAUCCCGAAACAGUAUCAGAGCUUACAUUGGGGCCACUAAGGUAAAGACAGCACUGGAGCCGGUGCAUCUGGACGCCAGUGAACCCUGGGAGAAAUGGGCAGGACUGCCACGAAGCUCCUGUGACAUUAUCAUAGCGAUCAACCUGCUCCAGUACAGCCCCUUCAGCACUGCAGAGGGUGUGUUUAAAGGAUCUGGGCAGAUACUGAAACAGAACGGCCUUCUAAUGACUUACGGACCGUACGCGAUCAAUGGCACCAUCACUCCCAUCUGCAAUGAACACCUGGACCAGACGUUACGCCAGAUGAAUCCGGAGUGGGGUCUUCCAGACGUCGAUGUGCUCCGACAGCUGGCCUUCAGUAAUGGAAUGAGGAUGGAACGAAUGAUUGAGAUGCCCGAGAGCAACAAAUGCCUUGUCUUCAGAAGACUGUAGCAAAUCUGUUCAUUAAGAAAACGGAUCCGGUUUCCAGGAUAAAACGGCCACAGCGCUUCACUUCCCAUCAUUAAACUCAGUUUCACAUUCUGUCAGUACUGUAAAACACACAAACCGGACAGAUUUACAUUGUUUUAUUGUGCACAUACUUUCAGAGACAAGAAAAGAAACAUUUCCACUAAUGUAUGACCAAUAAAAGAACAAGAUAUUUAUUAAAUAUGAUUUUAAAAUGACUUCUUUUUAAGAUGAAGCGGAUCAGUAUGGAACAAAGGUGAUAUUAAAGGGGUUACAGAAGUCACCGGUUGUGUGUGUUUGUUACAAACAUGCACCGUUCAAA